UAGGAGAACAAAUAGGCCUCCCUGACUCAAUGGUGCUCAGCGUGAAGCUUAGGAUAACAUUUGUGGGAAUGCCUGUUUCUCUUAAAAACACAAGCUUGAAGGUCUGUUAGAGUGAGAUUUUAGAUAAACAUAACUGAAAGAUUAUGGAUCCACACAUAGAAAUCACUGCCAGUGAGAGCCAAGCAGGAACAGCAGAAACACAGGAAUUGGAAACAGCAAGUCUCAACGCUGAUGGAGAAAUAUUCCAGCAAGUUGAGGAGCAUGAAGUUACUGAGGAAAAUUUAGAUCCCUCUGAAGAAGAAGCUUCACAGAACCCAUCUCUUGUUUAUAACCCAGAACAAAGGUUAAAUGGUGAAAAUGAGCAGGAGUCAACAGAAAUGGAAUCUACUUCUUCAAGGAUAUUUACCAUUGAUGACCAGGGGCAAGAGUUACAUGGGAAACAGGAAUCACCUGUAGAAAAAAUGCAUGAAUUAUCAGACGAUAUUAAUGAUAACGAACAUGUGAAAGAAAUGGUAGCUGAAAUGGUCCAAGAAAGACACACUGAAAGUGCAAAAGGAGAAGACUCUUUGGUUUACACUGCUACCCCCAAGACGUUGUUUGAAGAUGCAAAUAUGACCUCUGCAGAUAAACCACUUAACUUGUCGUGGUCCUUUGGUUUAAACAAUAAAAUCCCAGUUUUUAACUUUUAUGAUGAAGAACGUCAGGUGAUUGUGUAUGCUUGUGCCCACACAGCUGUCAUACAUGAUAUAUCACAAAACCGUCAGCACCACCUUCAGGGACACUGUAGCUGCAUUUCUUGCAUGUGUGUGAGUGAAGAAAGGAGAUGGAUUGCUACAGCUGACCAAGGCACUGAAAGUCUUAUUAUAAUAUGGGAUUCAUUCUCUGGGAUACCUGUUCAUACAAUAUUCAAUAGCCAUCCAGAGGGAGGGGUAAUUGCCAUGUCUUUCUCCCACAACGGAAAGUAUUUAGCAACUGUUGGAGGAGGAACUAAACAGAGAGUCUGCAUUUGGGAAUGGACCACAGACACUGGAAAACCAAUUUGCUCUGCAGAACUCAGGCAAGAAUUUGGCAUACAGACAUAUAUAGUUUUUAAUGCUCAGGAUCAGACACAACUGGUAACCAGCAGCGAAACACAAGUUAUAUUCUACACAUGGACCCACAACAGUUUGGAUUAUGAAGCGCCACCACUGAAUGAUAAUACAUUUAACAAAGUGGUGGGGGAAUUCAGCCAAUCAGUUUUUGAUUUCAGUGCAACAAGAGCAUUGACAGGAACAUCCGCGGGAAAGCUGGUUGUCUGGGAGACCAUCCACUCUCCAUCGAUCAAAGCAACAUCUUCCAUACAGCCACACAAAAAGAAGGCUUUAAAGCUAAUGCAUCUGCAAAAAGAUGCUAUUACAGUGCUUUCUACCCAUGACAGGUAUUUUGUAACUGGGGAUGUACAGGGACACGUUAAAUUCUAUGACCAACGACUACAACUUGUGAACUGGUACAGCCAUCUAACCUUGAGGCCUGUUCGUUCCAUCUCUUUCUCAACAUGUCCACCAGUUACAGCAAGUGGCAGAACCAGAUACCCUCAGGAUUGCUCUAUAAAGGGGGAUCAGUUUGCCAUAAGCAACUUCAUUGUGUCAACAGUCGAUUCUGUGGUUCUGCAUGUACAUACAGAUGGUACAGUAUUAAAGGAACAUAUGCAUGAGCCCAGUGAAGCUGUGCACGCACUUGCCUGCCAUCCUUGUGAGCAUCUAAUUGCUAUUGGAAGUUAUAGUGGACUCCUAAAAGUAUGGAACUACAAGGCCCGAAAACUGUUCAUCAGCAGGAUAUUUGGCAAGGGCAAAAGCUUGCAUUGCCUUUCCUAUGACCCUAAAGGUUUCUUGCUAGGAGCUGGUUUCACAGAUGGAAGUGUUUACAUCCUUGAUGCUAUGACACUGGAAGAUGAAAUUGCAGAACCCUUUAAGUAUGCCAGAGGAUCAAUAACCCAUAUUGCCUUCUCACAUGAUUCUCAGUAUCUAGCAACAGCUGACACAGAGUUUACUGUGACACUGUUCAAAUUAUCACGAGAAAAGAAUGGUGUGACUUGGCAAUAUUUUGGAAGAUAUCGCAGCCAUUACAAAAAAAUACAGAGUCUAGUAUUUGGGAUCCAUCUCGACACUAAUGAACCAAGGCUCAUAUCCCUUGGAAUGGAUCGAAUGCUGGUAGAAUAUGAUCUUGCAAACUGUGUUAAAGGCUAUCUCCAAAUAAAGAGCACUGACCGUAUUGAGCAGAGUGCUGUCCCACAGUCUUUGGCUUGGUAUCCACCAGUGACUAAAGAAUGCUUUAUCCUAGUAGCAAAUGAUCACUACAAGAUGAAGCUUUAUAAUGCAACCACAAAGAUGUGCAGAAAAACAUUGCUAGGUCCAACAUUUGGUUCUCCUGUUAGAAGAAUGGAGGUGCUUCCUACAUACAGUGAAGAAAUCUGUAAGGGCUACAUGACCUACAUUACAGAUGAUAAGGUUGGGCUUCAGAUCUUGCCGCUUGAUGGAAACCCACACAAGUCCAUGUCCCUUAUAUGCCAUCCAGAUGGUGUGAGCAACCUUGCCUGUUCAUAUGAUGGUUGCUUUGUUUUUACUGCUGGAGGAGAUGACUGUACAGUGCUGAUGUGGAAGACAAAUUUACAGGCACUCGAGUCUGUUUCUUCCCUUGGUGGGGAUGGUCUGACCCCCUUCUAUGGCCUGCUGCAAGGAGGAAGAGAGGGGUUAUUAUUUAAGGAGCUGGAAAAUUACUUCUACUAUGCACAGCUACGGCACCAAGGGAUUGAUACAAUGGAGACCAGACAAGUGUCAACUCAUAUUCCCUUGAAGGAAGUUCCUUUUAUCAUGCGCGCACUUGGAUAUUAUCCAUCAGAGCAAGAGGUGGAAAACAUGCUGAAUGAAGUCAAAUUCAGUGAAUACGUGGAUACAGGAAAGCAAGUUACUUGCAUCAGCUUAGAAGAGUUGAUAAAACUUUAUAUUAAUCAUAGACCAGCCUUUGGACUUUUUAUGGAAGAAAUACAGUGGGCUUUCCAAGUACUUGGCUUUACUAAUGGUGAUGGAAAGCAAACAAUUAACAGGGGAGACUUUUUACAGAUACUUCAAUCAAGAGGUGAGCAUUUGACUGAAGAAGAAAUUGCUGAAUAUCUUAGUACUUUGUUGGGAUUGAAUCCAGAAGGAGGGAGCUCAGAAAUGGGUAGCUACGACUCUACAGGUGCUGCAGAUCUGCUGGAGCAAGGAAUCCCAGAAGAGAUUACCACAGAUAUGUUUGCUGCAGACAUUCUUGGUCUACCUUUCCAAGUUAAUGGGAACUAUGAAGAGCACACCGUAACAAAAGAGACUGCUUCUUAGGAGUCAAUAAUAAGUUAUAUUUUUUCCUGCUCCUUAUUAACCUAGUAACGAACCAGGCUGCCAACACCUCUCAUUGAACUAGAUGUUAUAUGUGUAUACGUAUGUACAACAAUGUUUUGUAGAAGACUUAUGUUAAGAAGUGGUAGACAAAAGAAUAUUCAUCUUGUUCUGCUCGAUGUAAAAACACCUAUUGAAAUCUGUUCAAAUAAUUAAUGGUACCAUUGCAGCUGUGUUUUCAAGCUUUUUGAGGUAAUAGUGUGCAAUUAAAGCCCUCUAGUUACAUCAUUACAAAAAUACUAUAAACAGAAUUUUAAUUAAUACCCUAGACAAAAGAGUUACUCCUCUACAGAUUAACAAAAUAGCUCUAAAGUAAAAAAAAAAAAAUAAUUAUAUCACCAAUGUAAUAACUCUUUUUAGUGUUUCUGAAACAAAUAGCAAUUGGUCAUAAGUUGCAGAUAGAUGAAAAAGGAGCACCUGUGCAGUUACAUAUUCUAAUCAGCAAUUAGUUGUGAUUAGACUAAAACAUAUUAGUAAAUGAAAGCAGAUGUCAAAUUGUCUGUGUAACUGCACUGGUGCAGUUAAAGCAGAAGGAAAGUCUAAGUCACUUGGGGGUGCCAAAAUGUUAGGUACCCCCAAAGUAACUGUAAUCGCUUACCUUGUACCCCGAGCUGGUGCCGCUGUUAGUAGAAAACCACACCAGCCCGGGGUAGCUGCAGCGAGUGCGUCCUUCUUCCAUAUGUCUUUUGCCGGCAAAAUCCCUGGGCUGGUGCUUGCGCAUUAGAGUGAAAAGCCGACUUUGUUGUUAAAGUUCAGCUUUUAACUCUACUGCGCAUGCACAAGCGUGUAAACAAGGAAGAGGAAACACUCGCAGCUACCCCGGGCUGGUGCGUUUUUCUCCUAACAUAUUUGUUAACCAAUAAAUGCUAUCUGCCGAUUGGCUGUUGUACAUUAUUAGAAAUGCUGCAAUUUUUAUUACAUAACACCUUUACUGCUGCCUACCUAUAUGUUGAUUGUAGAGAAUAAAAUACAAAAAAAUGCACCUUUUUUUCUGAUCCCCUUUAAAGCUCUUAUUGAUGUAAAGGGUGAUUCUAUAAAAUAUUAAAUUGUGGGGUCUGACUACUUUUGCAAAUUCA